AUGGCUCUCCGCGGACAGGGCUGGGCGCCCGCCGGCCCGCCCGCCGCCCUCCAGCACGUCUGCCCCCUGGCGGGAUGUCCCCACGGGCAUGUCAUGCGGCCCAACCGGCUCCGCAUGCAUCCCAUGGCCGCCGAUCGGCGUGAAUUGGAUCGGGCCGUCGCGGCGCGAGCGGCGGCCGACGUGGUGGACGCCCCGGGGGCGGCGCCAGCAGCCGCUGAGGAUGUUCCCGCUGAUGAUGACGAGGUCGAGGGGGAGAGGAGGGUGAAGAAGCAGCCCGUUCGCGUGCGGAAGCGGUCGCGGAGGAUGCAGACGGCGCUGGCGGCUUCGCCGGGCGGGGCGAUGGCGCCGCUGGAGGCGAUGGGGGCGGUGCUGGAGCUGGCCACGGCGAAGUUCGCGGAGACGGUGGAGGUGCACGGCCGGCUGAACCUGGACCCCAGGUACGCCGACCAGCAGCUCAGGGCAACGGUGUCCCUGCCAAAGGGCACUGGCAAGGAGCUGCGCGUGGUAGCCCUGUGCAAGGAGUCCCUGGUGCAGGAGGCCAAGGACGCGGGCGCGGACCACGCGGGCGCGGACGACCUGAUCGAGAAGAUCGCCGGCGGGUUCAUGGACUUCGACAAGGUCAUCGCCACGCCAGACAUGAUGCCCAAGGUUGCCAAGCUGGGCAGGGCGCUGGGCCCGCGGGGCCUGAUGCCCAACCCCAAAGCGGGGACCGUGACCCCAAACCUCAGCGAGGCGGUCAAGGACUUUAAGGGGGGCAAGGUGGAAUACAGGGUUGACAAGACAGGAAACAUUCACUUACCCUGUGGGAAGACCACAUUCGCGGCUGAGGACCUGCUUGCGAAUCUCAAGGCUAUUCAGGAAUCUGUGGAUGCUAACAGGCCUGCAGGUGCCAAGGGCAUCUACUGGAAGACGUUGACCGUUUGCUCCACCAUGGGGCCAGCCGUAAAAGUGGAUUUGACAGCCUUGAGGGACCUCAAGCUUUGA